AAUGUCAAUUGUCAAUGUCAACCAUAAAAUAAAAAUAGGUUGAUUGCGCGUUCUUUGGUAAUGCUGCUCAGUUUUAAAGUGUGAAAAUUCGUUUAUUAUGUCGGGUUUUACUGAAAACGCGUUAAUUCGUAAGCUACAGGAAUUAAAUCCUAGCCAACAGAGUAUCCAGACAUUAUCCUUGUGGCUUAUACAUCACAGAAAACACCAUGCCGCGAUAGUCAAAACAUGGCACAAGGAGCUAUUAAAAGCUAAAGAUAAUAAGCAGCUGACGUUUAUGUAUCUAGCAAAUGAUGUAAUACAGAAUAGCAAAAAGAAAGGACCUGAAUAUGGGAAAGAAUUUGGCAAUGUGCUUGUUGAUGCACUGAAACACAUGGCAAAAACUGGAAUCAACGCUAAGACUAAGCAGUCGCUACAUCGCAUACUAAACAUAUGGGAAGAGAGAGCUGUAUAUGAACCUAGUAAGAUACAAGAGUAUAAAGUUGCUGUUGAUCCCAAUGAUGCUGAGCCAGUAAAUGCUGCUAAGAGAAAAACUACAGAACCUGAGGUCAAAGAACCAGAGAAGAAGCCAAAGCUAGAGGAGAAGAGUAAGGAAAAAGAGAAAAGCAAAGAGAAAGAGAAACGUGAAAGGAGACGCAGCGAGAGUAAGUCAGAGAGUCAAAAUGACUCUGUUAGCCCCAACACACCACCUGGAGACCCACCAGAGCCCGAAGAGCUAAUAAAGGCAUUGUUAGAGUUGGAAUCCAGUGCUUCUAGCGACGAAGCAGUCAGGGAGCGCAUCGCUUCUCUGCCCCCAGAAGUAUCGGAAGUGCAAUUAUUAUCUAAGUUAGAAGAUAAGGAAUCGGCGGUCAGUCUUAGCGCAAUAGUGAAUUCUGCGGUGGAACUCCUGGCCGAGUACAACUUGAGGCUAUCCGAGGAGUUGGAGAAGAGGAGGAAGGUGGCUGCCAUGUUGAGGGACUUCGAACAGGCGCAGAGAGAGCUUGCCAAGCAGGCAGAGGCGAAACUCGAGGAGUACAACAUAAAACUCCAGAAAAUUUUCGAAGUGAAGUCUGAAGUGAAGUCCCACAUAGAGAACCUACCCGACGUGUCGCGACUGCCUGACGUCACGGGCGGACUCGCGCCGCUGCCUUCCGCCGGAGACCUCUUCAGCGUAUGAGAGUUACUGUACGACUGUGAUGACGAUUUAUAAGCUUUGUACGAACAACGCGGAGGACGCAGAGCAAGCAGCAAGCCGUGGGGUAUACACCUCAGGACUUGCCUAGCGAUAGAUGUCUCGAGACGCCGUGCCUUGUGCCACGUGUUUGCUUGCUUCGAGACGCAAUCUUCAGGGCACGUGGCUCGCGAUCCAUGCCUCAGAAAGUCUCAUGAUAUGUCUCGAGACACAGUGUCUUGUGCCACAUGCCUCAUGACGCAAAAACAUAUUUAGAGACGUAGUGCCUUGUGCCACGUGUUUGCUUGCCUCGAGACGCAGUCUUUAGGGCACUUGGUGCGAUUCAUACCUCAGGACUUCUCGCGAUAUGUCUCGAGAUGCAGUGUCUUGUGCCACAUGCCUCACGACGCAAUAACAUAUUUAGAGACGCAGUGCCUUGUGCCACAUGUUUGUAUGCUUGGAGACUCAAUUCCCAGGGCACAUAGCGCGCGAUCCAAGCCUCAAGACUUCUCGUGAUAUGUCUCGAGAAACAGUGUCUUGUGCCACAUGCCUCAUGACGCAAAAAAAUAUUUAGAGACGCAGUGCCUUGUGCCACGUGUUUGCUUGCCUCGAGACGCAGUCUUUAGGGCACUUGGCGUGCGAUUCAUACCUCAGGACUUCUCGCGAUAUGUCUCGAGAUGCAGUGUCUCGUGUCACAUGCCUCGAAACGCAGAAACGAAUGUUGUUCGACGCAAGCUUCGCGACACAUGCCUCUUGACACUUGCCAAGUUGCAUUUCUCGAGGCGCAGUGUCUUGCCCCACAUGUUUACAUAUCUCGCGACGCAAACCUCAGGGUAUGUGGCUCGAGAUCCAUGCCACAUAACUUGCCUCGCGAUGUGUCGAAAAGUAGCGCCUUGUACCACAUGCUUCGAAUGCUUAAAUGCAUGUUAUGCGACAAGCUUCGCGAUCCAUGCCUCGAUACUUGUUUUGCCAUACAUGUCUAAAGACGUAACUCCUUGUAUCACAUGUUUGCAUGUCUCGCGACGCAAGCAACAGCAUGGCUCGCAAUAUUUAUCUUGCGACACUUACCUCUUGAUACAUGCUUCGGGACACUUGCCUCGCAAUGCAUGUCCGGAGACGCAGUGCCUUGCAUGCAUGCCAAGUGACGCCAGCCUCUAGGCACUAGUCUUGCAAUACAAAUCUCUAGAUGCAGGGCACUCCGUUACAAAUCAUUGUGACAUGUCUCUGGUCGCAGCUACGCAAGCCGUGGGAUGUACGACCUCGGGGCAAAUCCCUCAGGACACUUGCCUCGCGAUGCAUGUACGGAGACGCAGCGCCUUGCAUGCAUGCCAAGUGACGCAAGCCUCUAAACACUAGCCUUGCAAUACACGUCUCGAGAUGCAGGGCACUACGUUACAAAAAAAGCAUUGUGACAUAUGCCUCGGGUCGCAGCUACGCAAGCCGUGGGAUGUAGAAUCUCGGGGCAAAUCCCUCAGGACACUUGCCUCGCGAUGCAUGUACGGAGACGCAGCGCCUUGCAUGCAUGCCAAGCUCAGACUAAUUAGAUAAAGACCUGCCUCGCAAGACAUUAUUAUUCUGUCAACGUAUAUGACCAACGAUCUUAUGCGAUUAUAAACACUGUCUCUAAAGAAUCGAUGUUUCGUAGUUUACAAUCGUGUCCGUCGGUUAAAAACCUCCGUAAAAAUACCUUUUUGCGUAGUUAUAUGGUGUAAAAAACGAACAAAAACUGCUAGUUUAGUAUAAAAUAUGUAUGAAAUCUAAGCUAGUUUUCCUUAGAAAAUGGCAGAAAAUUUUGUUCGUGAAUUUGGGUGCGAUACUAGUCCUUAUGUAUUUAGACUGAGAUGCCAAGCGACGCAAGCCUCGCAGUAUAUGAGUCGAGAUGCAGGGCACUGCGUCACAUGCCUCGGAGCGCAGCUAUGCACGUCGUGCGUCAUCAGGCCUUGUGGCAAAUCGCUCAGGACACUUGCCUCGUGAAUCAUGUCUUUAGACGCAUGCUUUGGUGCGACGACCUGUUCAGAACGCAGUUAUUAGUGCCUUGUCAGUUGGAAUUUGUGGAAUUUUGUUAAGUGUUGAGUCGUAGCUCGAAUUGUUCGUACAAAGUAUUAUAUAAAUUGGACUAUAUAUUUAGUAGUUACUUUCUUUUGUUUAGUAAUUUCCAACUAUAUACGGAAAAGCACCAGAAAGAAAAUUUCUGUUAAAAUUCUUAGCCUGGGGACGAGAACUUGGUGUUACACCCCCGCCUUUAAGCCGUCGGUCCGUUUUAUUAUUUUUAAUAACUGAUGUUAAUGAAUUUAACAUUAUCACCCUGAUAUUAUGAAUUCAACCUAAUCCCGCUAUUGGACCAGCGUGAUGGUUCUGAGGUUAAUACCCCCUCUCUUAUAGGAAUGUGGAUUUCUGGGAGUCUCCCUGUACGAGUAGUUUCAAAAAUGAAAAGUUGGAAAUUUCUAAGCAAUCAAGAAUUAUUAUGGAUGUGUUAAUAUAAUAAGCAAAUAUUUUAUCUUCUGACUAUAGGUAAUAAAAAACCAAAAAUGAAUUAAGUCAAUAUUACUUGUUGCAAAAAUACUUGAGUAUAACUUUUCUGUAACUACUACUUGACUAUAGGUCAUAAUACCAAAUUAUUGCUAUGAUAGGACAAUUAAUGAUUUUCACGUAUACCUGCUAUGAAAAUUCUCAGUGGAGAUUAGAAAAUUUGUUGGAGCCCUUGCCAGCACCAGAUGGCGAAUUUUGCUUAUUGCUCAAGGAAAAAUUUAUUUUUUUGGGGUCGGUAACUUGAAUAGUACUGCUAUCCAACACAAUCGUUAAAAAAUCUAGGAUUUUAACAAUUAUUUUAUGUUCGUCUAUCUUUUUCAUUUUCUCUAGCUUCUACUUUUCUUACUGUCUCAAGUCAGGUACAGCAAUCCAAUUAUAUUCACGUUUACUUGUGUAAAUUUGGCCACGUUUACUUAUGUAAUCCUGGCCACGUUUACUUGUGUAAUCUUGGCCACGUUUUCUUGUGUAAUCCUGGCCACGUUUACUUGUGUAAUCUUGGCCACGUUUACUUGUGUAAUCUUGGCCGCGUUUACUUGUGUAAUCUUGGCCACGUUUUCUUGUGUAAUCUUGGCCACGUUUACUUGUGUAAUCUUGGCCACGUUUACUUGUGUAUUCUUGGCCACGUUUACUUGUGUAAUCUUGGCCACGUUUACUUGUGUAAUCUUGGCAUCGUUUACUUGUAUAAUCUUGGCCACGUUUACUUGUGUAAUCUUGGCAUCGUUUACUUGUAUAAUCUUGGCCACGUUUACUUGUGUAAAUUUGGCCACGUUUACGUGUGUAAUCUUGGCCGCGUUUACUUGUGUAAUCUUGGCAUCGUUUACUUGUGUAAUCUUGGCCACGUUUACUUGUGUAAUCUUGGCCGUGCUGCUGUUUCAAGACAAGAGUGAACAGGCAUUUUCUAGGUAAGCUCCAACCUAGACAUCAUCAUUGCUUUCCACCAGGCAUAAUUGUUGUCAAGCGCAAGUCUAUUCUGAAUAAAAAAAAAUGUUUGACUUGACCAGAACUAAACUUUGUGUACUGAAUAGUACGAAAACUAUUAGGUAUCUUAUUUAGUGAUAUUGCUACCUAAAUAGAUACUCUGUUAAAGCGGCGGCGGCGUGGUGUUUGGUUGAAAUAUACUCAACGAGAGAUAUAUUCAUGUUAUGCGUCGCAAAUGCGACCCAUCGGGUUCGAAAAUAUCGCUUUUUCUUUUGUUGCAUUGGGAGGUUAGAAAUAACGAUAUUGCAAUUCCGUUGCUAUUGGUCGACAUUCUACACGAGAUAUUUGUAUGUUUUUGACGCACUAGGCCUACUGAAAUAAUUUUUAAAAUCAAUGCUAAGUAUGACGUUAAACGGUGCACUGAAUAAUUUCUUGCAAUAAAGACAUUAAUUUGUUUUUAUUAAAUUAUUAUAUAUGCUUCAAAAAAGCUAUAUUAAACAUAUUAAAAUUUAUUGCAAUUAUUGUAAAAAACUAAUGAUCGAAAUCAAAUGACAAUUUGACAUUACAGAUAAAACAGCAAUUUGACAAUGGGGAUGAUGACUAGGUUUGAAUAUAUUGAUUUUUAUGAUACAUUCGGGUAAAUAGGGUCAAAGUUAACUAAUUUAUACAUAAAAAGCAAAGAUUGUCUGGAUUUUUGCAAAAUAAAUAAGAUUAUAAAAUUUCAAAAUCUAUUAAAAAUAUUUUAGCGUAAUUAGAUGAAAAUUCAUGCAAUUUUAGCUUUCUUACAUAAAAUGUGACAAUUUUAAUAUGUGAACUAUAAUCAUAAACGCACAAAUAAUAAUAAUAUUAGUAAUUUUGUUUGAACGCCCAUACAAAUCUAACGAUCAUUACGACCUACGACGUCAUUAAUUCGUAACAUUUUGUAUGGGGCGUUUUCAAGAAAUCCGUGGCAGCGCCGCAAAUCUGACCCUUUAAAUCCCUGAAGCUCCGAAAGUAAUAAUCGCAGAUACCCUUUUCCUUUUACAAAAUUGCUUUACUUUUAGCAUACUCUUAAUUUAUACACAAUUUAAAAAAAACUGUCAUCAUCCCUAUUAAUUUUCACAGAUAUAAACAGCAAAAAUGUUCUCCGUUGCGUGACGUAUUAUAUUGUAAUAGGUACUUACACCUUACACAUGUUCGUAAAAGUACUGGAUCUCUCUAGUCUAGUUUUUUGUUGUGGGAGUAGGUAUUUCAUAAUUGUUUAAUAAUAACUAACAAUUUAAGUCUGAUCCUGUAUUUGUUGACAUAAAAUUAGACGCCAUAGUCGUUUUUAUAGCAUCAUCACUGGCUUAUUUUAUUUUUUAAACAACGAGGCAAUGGUCACUGCCCUUCUGUAAAAAGGGUACUACAAACGUAGAUUAUCAGCUUUACAUUUUAUGAUUUUAUAUAUUUUUGUUCUUAUAAUGAAAAUAUGUAUUUUUAACUGAUUGCAAAAAAAUUUUUUUUAUCAUCACAUUAUUAUACCAAAUUGGUCGCUUGACAUUCAAAACCGCUAUUUUGAAAUUCACUAUUAUUUGUAAUAUUUUUCUUUACACAAUCGUAAUAAAAAAAAAAUUGCUUAUAAAUUUAAAAUAACUAAACCUAAACUCCAAACGAUUUUAUAUCAAUACCUACUAAUCAAUACGUAAUCAGUAUUUUAAAAUAUAACCUAACCUAACCUAAUCAGUAGUUACUUUUAUGAUUUAAAAAAAAUGUGUUCUCUGAUUCCAUUAUUGUGGUUUUUAAUGGCAAACGACAAAUCAUAUUAUUCGAGUAAUAUUUUAGCAGUCGAAGUAUAGUAUGAGAGAACGCACCAAUGCGUUUACAGUUGCCUUCCAUACGUUUCACACGUUAUAAAAAACAACAAACUUAGUCUUCCCCUAUGCUGUUUUCGUGAUACAGGGUAUGAUGACUUUAUGACGUCAUGCCGAAUGACGUCAUAAGGAAGUUGACCCUCGUAUCCUCGAUCCGCUAACCUAUGUUCGACGCAUGUAAACGCAAGUAUAAGGCACUUGCGUUUACUUGACUUGCGUUGUGUUAGACGCAUUCAAUUUGUGUCAACCAAUAACAUUAAUCACAAAACUUGCUCAGAUAGGUCUUAAUUAUGCGAUUAGUUGCAACAAAACGCAGUAAUGACCGCAUGUUGAAUUCGUAUUCGUAAAAUUUAAGUAAUAGCAGACUUUCGUUUUAAAUUCUUCGCAUAAAAGUUAAAGUUUUAAACUUGUAAAAACAUUUUAUUUGUUUUUGUUAAUUUAAUGAUUGUUUAAGUAAAGAUUAAAAGACGUGUGUUUUAUUUCAUUAAUUAAUUUCGGUGUAGCGGUAACUUCGUCCUGUAAGCCAAAUAGUAGUUUAAAGAUAGGAGUCCACAUAUCCGCAUCGUAAGUAUCGGUCGCAUAGCAUUAAAUGGAUUUUUAAUUUUACGGUAUAUUCGGAUCAGUGGACGCACUUGUAUGACUUUCUAUACAAUAAAUACUACGAUCCGUUUGAUGCGAUGCGUCCGAUAAUUUCCAUGCGGAUAUGUAGACGCCUACCAUAAAGGGAUUGAUGUACUUUUUUAUUUAGUUCAGUUUCAGAUACAUUAUGUAUCUAGAGGGUGAGUUUUUGAGAUGGAAAUCGAUCGGUACUAUGGUAUUUGUAUCGAUAUACUCUUAGCGAUUAUUAUAAUCAAUUAAAAAUCAUCAACAAUUUUUGUUAUGCUCAAAUAUCGAAAAUAUUGUAAAGGGAGGGUAGCUCUCAAAAACGCACCCUGUAAACCAAGUUUUAGUUAGCAAUGAUUGUUAAUAUCGGCUAUAUUAUUAAAUGAAUUUUGUUAUAUUAACA